AUGGCGGAUUUUGAGCCAUUAGUUCGGAGACGGGAUGUCUUGGAUGUAGUCGUUGAUCAUCAACAUCAACACCAACACCAACACCAACUUUAUCAUCACCACCAUCCUCGUUUAGACGAUGAUGACCAUGAUCAGGGAUUUGAAGAAGAUGGUCCCAAGAAAACUGCCAAUUCUUCCUCCAAACCCAUUCUUAAUUCCAAUCCCAGGGUGGCUUCUCUCGAUGUUCUUCGUGGCCUCUCUGUUCUGCUUAUGACUGUUGUGGAUUAUGGUGGCUCAGUUUUCCCGAUCAUUGGUCAUUCACCAUGGAAUGGCGUGCACUUGGCAGACUUUGUCAUGCCUUUCUUCCUUUUUGUUGCUGGAGUCUCCCUUGCUAUUGUCUACAAGAAGAUGUCAGAUAAGAAAGAAGCAACCUGGAAGGUAGUGAUGAGGGCAUUAAAACUUUUCUUGCUUGGAGUUCUUUUACAAGGGGGUUACUUACACGGGAUUACGUCUAUGACAUAUGGUGUGGACAUUGAAAGAAUGAGAUGGCUUGGCAUUUUGCAGAGGAUAGCUGUUGCAUACCUUGUUGCAGCCUUAUGUGAGAUUUGGCUUCCAUGUCGAAACUGGAGGAAGGAAGGCUUUCUCAGAAAUUAUCUGCUUCACUGGGGUAUUGUACUAGUGCUUUCUGUGUUGUACUUGGGUUUAUUAUAUGGAUUGUAUGUUCCUGAUUGGCAAUUCAGUCCGGUGAACAACAAUGAAGUAUACAAGGUGACAUGUUCCGCCAGAGGCAAUCUUGGGCCAGGCUGUAAUUCUGCUGGAAUGAUAGAUAGAUAUGUCCUUGGUAUUAAUCAUCUCUAUGCAAAACCAGUAUACCGGAAUCUGAAGGAAUGCAGCGUGGCUUACAAUGCGCAACUUAAUCAGAGUGUACCGUCAUGGUGUCAUGCUCCUUUUGAGCCUGAAGGUAUCCUGAGUUCUUUAACAGCUGCUGUGACGUGCAUUAUCGGCCUGCAGUACGGUCACAUUCUUGUGCAGUUGCAGGACCAUAAAGAGAGGCUCUAUAAUUGGUCCUUGUUCUCGUUUUCAUUUAUGGCCCUUGGUCUCUUGCUCUCCUUUCUAGGUAUGCCAUUGAAUAAAUCCCUGUACACGCUCAGUUAUUUGCUGGUGACAGUAGGGUCUACUGGAAUCACUUUUUGCUUACUCUAUGUACUGGUUGAUGUCUAUGGAUGGAGGGGCGUGACUUUUGUGUUUGAGUGGGUGGGAAAACACGCGCUCAGUAUCUUCAUACUCGUAACUUCAAACAUUGCUGUGAUAACAAUUCAAGGGUUCUAUUGGAAAUCUCCAGACAACAACAUUCCUUCUUUUUGCAGCUGGAAGUAUAAGGAUACUCAGAGCAAGGUCAUACGGGGAUGCUUUGCCGAGGACAAAGAUUGUUCGACCUAA